GCCACAUAAACCUGUAUGUAUCUGCGUUAUCAACAAGAAUGUUGCUGAAAAUCCUCGUGUCUGUCAGUGCAGUUAGUGCACUGAGGGGCUAGCAGUGUAAUGACCGCCUGCACCACGCCCCUUGUUUCAGCGCAUCUAGAGGGGAGGAGAGAAGAUGAGAGAGGAGGGAGCAUUCGCGAGGUGAGAUGCUUGGUGCUUCCCUCGGAAGGCCUGCAUGUCAAUGAGGGACGGCCAUCUGGAAAUCACUGCUUAGGACACAGAAACCAGCUGCAGCUCUUGCAGCGUACACUUGCUCAAUCACAGGGCAACAAAGGGACGGAUGCUUUUUCUAUCGCUCGGGCCAUUAUACUACACAUAUCAGCACUGACACAGUCUAUUGGAGAGCUGCUAUAUGCAAUUGCUAAAAAUUGACGCGGUUGACUGCAUCAGACUUCAAUUAAAGUAAUGGAGCUGGAGCACUUUGACGAGCGGGAGAAAGCCCAGAGAAACACCCGCAGAGGCUCCAGGAACAACGGGCUGCCGAGCCCCACUCACAGUGCCCACUGUAGCCUGUACAGGACCCGGACACUGCAGUCCCUGGCCUCGGAGAAGAAGGCCAAGAAGGUCCGCUUUUACCGCAACGGAGACCGCUACUUCAAAGGGAUUGUCUACGCUAUUUCCCAGGACAGGUUUCGGUCUAUAGACGCCCUGUUAGCCGAUCUGACCCGCUCCCUGUCAGAUAAUGUGAACUUGCCCCAGGGGGUCAGGACCAUCUACUCUAUUGACGGGACCAAGAAGAUAUUGGGCAUGGAGCAGCUGGAGGAAGGAGAGAGCUAUGUGUGUGGCUCCAUAGAGCCAUACAGGAAGCUGGACUACACUAAGAAUGUCAACCCCAACUGGUCAGUUGGGGUGAAGACAGCUGCCUCUGCACGUGGCCCCCCCUCCCUGGGCAGUGCCAAGGCUGGGGCCCCGGAGACCAGGGAGAGUAAGGACUUCAUCCGGCCCAAACUGGUCACCAUCAUCCGGAGCGGGGUGAAGCCUCGUAAGGCCGUCCGCAUCCUCCUCAACAAAAAGACGGCCCACUCCUUCGAACAGGUCCUCUCUGACAUCACAGAUGCCAUCAAGAUGGACUCUGGGGUCGUCAAGAGACUGUACACCGUGGACGGGAAGCUGGUGACAUGCCUUCAGGACUUCUUUGGUGAUGAUGACAUCUUUAUGGCCUGUGGUCCAGAGAAGUUUCGCUACCAAGAUGACUUCCUCUUAGAUGAGAGUGAGUGUAGGGUGGUGAAGUCGACGUCAUACGGUCGGAUCUCCUCUCUGCUGGGACGCUACUCACCCAGAGGAGGAGGCUCACGCCGAAGCUCAGGUUCAGCCAAUGGGACAGCAGGCAGUCAGCUGUCGACUCCUCGCUCAGGGAAGUCCCCCAGCCCGUCUCCUACCAGUCCUGCCAGCCUCCAACGACGCAGGGGGUCCCAACACAGUGGCUCGUCCCUGUCUCUAGCCUCCACCAAGGUGUGUAGUUCCAUGGAUGAGGGAGACGGAGCAGGUAGUGAAGCGGAGCUGAACCUGCUGAGUGAUGAGUGUCCCUCCGUCCCUCCGUCCAUCGCUGAGAGGUACAAGGUGGGGAGGACUUUAGGUGACGGUACCUUUGCUGUGGUCAGAGAGUGUGUGGAGAGAUGUACCGGCAGAGAAUACGCCCUGAAGAUCAUCAACAAAGGCAAAUGUAGGGGAAAGGAGCACAUGAUCCAGAACGAGGUGUCCAUCCUCCGUCGUGUCAAACACCCCAACAUCGUUCUACUGAUUGAGGAAAUGGACACCUACAGCGAGCUUUACCUAGUCAUGGAGCUGGUCAAGGGGGGUGACCUGUUUGAUGCCAUCACUUCCUCUAGUAAAUACACAGAGAGAGAUGCUAGUGGGAUGCUUUAUAACCUGGCCAGUGCCAUCAAGUACCUGCACAGCCUCAACAUCGUGCACAGAGACAUCAAACCUGAGAACCUGCUGGUGUAUGAGCAUCAGGAUGGUAGUAAGUCUCUGAAGUUGGGGGACUUUGGCUUGGCUAGCCUGGUGGAUGGACUCCUCUACCUGGUCUGUGGCACCCCCACCUAUGUAGCACCUGAGAUCAUCGCAGAGACAGGGUAUGGGCUGAAGGUUGAUAUCUGGGCAGCUGGAGUGAUCACAUACAUCCUGCUGUGUGGCUUCCCUCCCUUCAGUGGGAGCAGUGAGGACCAGGAGAUUCUGUUGGACCAGAUUCUAACGGGACAAUUAGACUUCCCUUCACCGUCCUGGGACAACGUGUCUGUCACUGCUAAGGAGCUGAUUACUGGGAUGCUGCAGGUGAAGGUGGAACAGAGAUACACAGCUCUGCAGGUUCUGGAUCACCCCUGGGUCAAUGAUGAUGGGCGAUUAGUGAACGACCAGCAGCUCUCUGUGGCUGGGAAGAUUAAGAAACACUUCAACACUGGUCCUAAAGCCUGCAGCACCACUGCUGGAGUGUCUGUUAUCACAACCACCCCUCUUGAUAAGGAGCAGCAGGAUUUCAGACUAAGACACCAGCAGGAUGUGAGGUUGAAGCCCCGCCCUGGCCCCCAACCAACUGGCUUCCCCACCAGUGCCAGACAAAGCUCUGCCCACAGCUCCAAUAACCCUGCCCUCUCUCCCACUGACUUUACCUCAGAGUCAGAAGAUUACUCCCCCAGCCCCUCCCCCACCUCUCCUAGCUCCGCUGACACCGUCCGCUCCCCCACCUCCCCCUUCUAGACCCCGAAGGAAGAGAGAGGGGAGAGGAGGAUGGAGAGAGACAGAGGAAGGACAGGGGCACGUAUCCCUGUACUAACACUAACCCAUGUCCCUGUAUUCACGACAACAGUCUGUCAAGAUGCCUGCCAAUUACUUAAACAUUGAUUUGUCAUUCCGGCUACAGUGUCAGUUAACCCUAAGAUACACUGGGGUCAGAGCCAUGCAUAGAGAUCAGUUAGGGUGGGGUUAGCGUUAAAGGGUAGAGGUUAGGGUCAAGGUUAAAGGUGUAUUCUGGAUGGGUUCUGCUCUGGCCCUGAGAGGUUACUAAGGCAGAGAAUCUGUAUCUCCAUAUCUUUUUAAGACACCACACAGACAUACAAUAGUUAAGCCUUAUUUCAGCAAAUACUGAAUAAUGGUCCACUGAGGUCCCCUGGUGUUGGGAGGUGAGUACUGCAGGCCAACCAACCUGCUAACAGGACAGCACUGCAACACAACUAACCUACAGAUCAAAAUCUUCCAUUUAACUUGACGGGACCUCAUACGCCCUAAAUAGGGCAUCUUAAGUAUUUAUGUGAUUAAACAUACAUUUUGAAAAUAAUAAUAAUAAUAAUGACUUUGGGUCCUUGAAAAGCGCUAUAAAAACAAAAUACCAUGUAUUAUUCUUCAUUUUGAAAAUGUAUGCAUCAAGUUAGGUAUCUAUUUGUGUGAAGUUAUAUUGCACCCAAUUCAUUACAACUUGUACAGUUAAGUGAAAAGAUGUAAUCUCAGCUUUAGAAUGUUCAAUAAGACAUGCUGUAUGAUGCAUGUAAUGUGAAGAUAUAAUCUAUGUGUGUCUAGAAGGACAUGUGGCUACAGUCAUGUCCACUCCAGUCCAUUUUUCUUUAUCAAACUAUCUAGUGUUCAGCUAUUCUGUAGUUCUUGGUGCUGUUGUAGACAUAAUAUACUACACACUUUACAGAGGACCAGAGAGGGGAGCUAGAAGCUAUCCAGGCAUUCUGCUAUACCAUAUGGAUUGGUUGAUUGAUUGUGUUAUUGUCCAUGACUGUUAUGCCAGUGUGCCAGUUCAUGUAGAGUCCUCAUUUAAUGGACUAUGAAAAGGGUUGUGUAUUUGGUAGAGUAUUAACAGCCAUUUUCAUGGCUUUUUAUUAUUGUAAAAAAUUGGCCCUGUUUCAGUUAAUAUGUUAAUAUGUUGAUAGUAAAAUAAUUACCUAUUUAAAGUAUGAUUAUUGGCCUGAACACAAUGGAUCAAGUGCAAUUAAGUUCUGGAUCUCUUACCAACAUUAGGCAGCACAGACUUUUUCAAGCUAUUGUUAACUAUAAACAAUCCAUACAUUGUGAAUGUAUGUCAGAACAGAGGUGUUAUGGCGGUGGCUGUCAGAGCCGCCUGAGUUUUCAGCUUGCUGUGUGUAAGCCAGGGGUUGGAACCGGUUCAGGGAACAGAACUGAAAACCUGAAAAUCAUGCAGUUCAAAACGAGUUGCCCAGCACUUCAAGCCUCCUCCACCCUCUCACUCUCUCCCCAACCGCAACAUUUCAGUCACAUCUCACUCCCUACAAUUGUCUGUCCAAUGCAUGUAAACAACUAUCGCUUGCCCGCUCCAUAGCAAGCUGCUAUAUCCGCACUGAUUGGUAAAGUCAUUUAAUGUUGAGUUAAAUGUUUAAAAAAAACUAUGAUUGCAGAGGUUUAAAAAGGAACAGAAAGGAACGAUAUAAACUGCUACUAGUUUGGGGGUUCAAACCGGUUCAGAACUUUAUUUUGCUGGUCAGAACAAUGGAACUGAACAAAAAAAAUGGUUCUGUUAAUAACGAUACAAUUGGAAAAUAAUUUUGGUUCCAUCCCCUGGUGUAAGCACAGUGAGUUGGCAGGUCUAGAGAGAGAAGCACAGUGAGUUGGCAGGUCUAGAGAGAGAAGCACAGUGAGUUAACAGGUCUAGAGAGAGAAGCACAGUGAGUUAACAGGUCUAGAGAGAGAAGCACAGUGAGUUGGCAGGUCUAGAGAGAGAAGCACAGUGAGUUGGCAGAUCUAGAGAGAGAAGCACAGUGAGUUGGCAGAUCUAGAGAGAGAAGCACAGUGAGUUGGCAGGUCUAGAAAGAGAAGCACAGUGAUUCAGAUAGGUCUAGAGAGAGAAGCGGAGUGAUUCAGACAGGUCUAGAGAGAGAAGCGCAGUGAUUCAGACAGGUCUAGAGAGAGAAGCACAGUAAUUCAGACAGGUCUAGAGAGAGAAGCAAAACGCACAAGAGAAACAUGAGAUGAUUGCUGUGUGGAACACUUGUUUGUCCUCUAGGACACCGAGUUUUAAUCAUAGAAACAGAGUAAGUGUAUCUAUCUGCUGAAUGUAAUUGUCCAAAUUUCUAUUGUGAGAGAAUUAAAAAGUACAGAUUGAAAGUAUGUUGCUAUGCAAAAUAUGUAUUGAUACCCAAUGAUAUGUAAGAUUUAGUGACUACAUGUGAAGCCAAUUUGAUCGGGAUUCAUCACCAGUAGCACGUUUUUUUGCCUGAUGAUGGUAGGGAAUGGUCAUUGUUCCUGUAUAGCAACCCUUUAACAGUGGUCAUCACCAAGCCAAUCCUGUGAAUAAACCACUUCCUCAAUCUGA